CAUUAGCGAGAAGAAACGUCGGAAAGACAACAUUUGAGUUUCAGUUGUACACGAAAUGCCUAGAAGAACUAGAUCAAGAAGCAGGUCCCCGCAUAGACGAGAGAGAUCUGAUAGAUCUGAGCGAAAACGGUCACGAUCAAGAGACCGUGAAAGAAGGCCGAGAGAGAGAAGGAAAUCUCGAUCUCCUAUUUCGUCUAAGCGUCGAUCAUCCAAAGAUAGGUCUCCCAUACCAUCAAAGAAUGGCCCCUCAGUAUCUCCUACUCCUAACCGAGGAUGGUUCAAGGAAUCAGCUAACACAAGCUCAGAGUCUACUGAUGCACCAGAAGUGAUAGUACUGGAUGAAACACCUGUUGAAAUCACUGCAACAGAUUUAGGUGGAAAGACUGAAGAUGAAAUUGCCAUGAUGAAGGUUAUGGGAUUUGGAACGUUUGACACUACUAAGGGAAAGAAGAUGAAUGGAAAUGAUAUAUAUGCAUCAAACCUUAUACAGAAAAGAAAAUAUAGGCAAUACAUGAACAGAAAAGGAGGUUUUAACAGACCUUUGGAUUUCGUGACCUAACUCAUCAAGCAAGCUGGCCCCGAUUCUUCUCUGGCUUCACAUGUUGUCAUUUAAACCUAAUGUUUACAUCAGCUUAUAGGUUUUGACAGAAUGUACACAAGUAAUGUGAUAUUCUUUUUACACAGUUUGUUUUAGACUGUGGUUCAUAUCAACAGCUUUCUGAUAAGCACACUCUAUAAAUAUCAUUAAAUUAAACGAUAAUAUUUGUAUUCUCUGUGGUGAUCCUCUGAAUAGUUACUUAGAAGUAAAUGCUCGCAAACAUUACUGAACAGAAGAACUACAGAAAAGUUAUAGUUUCAGGUAAUAUAAGAUCUCAAUAACUUACGUUGAAAUAAACGUUCUUGUCAUAAUUGAGGUUGCAUGGUUAUAACCUGCUGAAAACAUAUUUGAGCUUGUGGAAUGGCCUUUUCUUUCAAACUCAACUAUAGAUCUUGCACCAGUUUAAGCUACGUUCCCCACGUUUGGAAUAUACUACCAGUUAGAAAAUACACCCUCGAGUGUGGUCAAGGGUGAUCAAUGGUAAAUGGACAGCUUUGACUUAUUGUUGAGAACAUUGGCUGAUGUAAUGGGAAUUUUUACUUGCCAUUCAGUGAAAGGAGCAAUAUAAAAUAACUGCAAGGAAGCAGUGUGUGAAAUGUUUGCAUACUGAAUGAAAAGGGGUUUGAUCCUGCUGUGUGUGGUUUAUCAGACCCCUCGCCCUAAAAGUAUAUAUUGUUAUCUGGCAAAACAUUGUGUAUACUGUAGUUUGUAUUAGUAGCAGUAGUAGUCAUAGCUGUAGAAGAUUAUCAUGACUGUGCUUGCAAUCAUAAAUGGCUUACUGUUGAAAAUAUAAUACCUUACACGUUGUGUAAAAUAUA